AGAUGGGUAGGUGAACUCCCUCUCCCCAGAGCCAUCGGCCAGCUAGGUACCAAGGUUUGACCUUAUGGAUUCCCAAAGGGAGGACCUCAGCCUCCCUGGUGUGUGGGUGUCACUGUACUUUGGAUUCCUGGGGCUGUGUUCUGUGAUAACCGGCGGCUGCAUUCUCUUUCUGCACUGGAGGAAGAACCUGCGGCGGGAAAGGCGUGCCCAGGAGUGGAUGGAGGUGAUGCGAGCAGCCACAUUUACCUACAGCCCGCUGUUGUACUGGAUUAACAAGCGACAGCGCUAUGGCAUGAACGCAGCCAUCAACACGGGCCCUCCCCCUGAUGCCACUAAGACCGAGACUGACACCCAGAAUUCAGAUCACCCGUGGGAGUUGGACGUCCCCGAGAGCAGGAGCUAUGCUGCUCAAGACAGCAGCCCCAAGGUGGAGGCCCCCAGCCCCCUGCAACCUGCAGUGCAGCUGAUCCCACAGCAGCCCCUACCUUCGCCGGUGCUGCAGCCCCAGGCCAGCUCCCGACUCCCGAUUCCCAUUUUUCAGGAGGUGCCCUUUGCCCUCUCGCUGUGUAACCUACCCCCGAUGCUGAACCACUCAGUCUCCUACCCUUUGGCCACCUGUCCUGAAAGGAACAUCCACUUCCAUUCCCUCCCCACACUGGCCCAGGGGGACCACUGCUUAAAUGUCAAGCUGUCUGCUUCAGAAGUGUAGCCUCCUCUCACUGAGGAUGGGAGCUGGAGGUAUCGGGGCAGUGCAGGAAAUGGAGCUGACCUCAGGGAGGUGGUACUGACACAGAGGCCAGGGCCCAUCUAGAUGUCACAUAAUGAAAGAUUUAAAAA